CGCCCCGCACACGCUCGCACUCCGCGCCGCCCGCCCAUGGCUGACAGGAGCCUCAUCGAGGGCGCCGAGCCCCUGCCGCGCCGGGAGGAGCCUCCCGAGUGGGGCUACGAGGAAGGAGUGGAGUGGGGGCUGAUUUUCCCCGAUGCUAACGGGGAGUACCAGUCGCCCAUUAACUUGAACUCAAGAGAAGCUAAAUACGACCCCUCGCUCCUGGAAGUGCGUUUGUCACCGAACUACGUGGUGUGUCGUGACUGCGAAGUGAUCAACGACGGGCAUUCCAUUCAGAUUGCCCUGAAGUCAAAAUCAGUGUUAAUAGGGGGGCCAUUACCUCGGGGGCACGAGUUUGAACUGCACGAUGUUCGGUUUCACUGGGGGAGAGAAAACCAGCGUGGUUCUGAGCACACAGUUAAUUUUAAGGCCUUUCCCAUGGAGCUUCAUCUAAUGCACUGGAACUCCACACUGUACAGCAGCAUUGAUGAGGCAGUAGGGAAGAAGCACGGCAUAGCUAUUAUUGCUUUGUUUGUGCAGAUAGGAAAAGAGCAUGUGGGCCUGAAGGCUGUAACUGAAAUUCUUCAGGACAUCCAGUACAAGGGAAAGUCCAAAACAAUACCCUGUUUUAAUCCCAACUCUUUAUUGCCAGAUCCUCUUCUGCGUGACUACUGGGUGUAUGAGGGCUCUCUGACCAUUCCACCCUGCAGUGAAGGUGUCACCUGGAUAUUAUUUCGCUAUCCUUUGACUGUGUCCCAAGUGCAGAUAGAGGAAUUUCGAAGACUGAGGACUCAUGUUAAAGGUGCUGAACUUUUAGAGGGCUCUGAUGGAAUCCUAGGAGAUAACUUCAGACCAACUCAGCCACUUAGUGAUAGAGUCAUCAGAGCUGCAUUUCAAUAGCAGAGCAGGAAGAACAAUGAUGAAUCUUCAGUCAGGCUGUUUCCUUCUGACAUCUCUGGGAACAAGAGCCUCCUGUGAUCAUCUCUAAACAUUGAGUCCAUGAUCAUCUAAGUCUUCUUGGCCUGUGGAAUGACUCUUUAAAAAUCUGUGUCUUUUAAUGCCAUGUCUGAUGCUAUUUGGAGUAAUUUUAGAAGAUCAUUGUCCACCUCCAUAGAUAUAGAAAAGAAUUAGCCCAGGUAUUAACCAGAUGAUGAGCUUCUCUCCUGCCUUUACAUCCCCCAUUCACUUGACUGUAGAAAUCAAUUUUUUCUGGUAGCCUUGAUUAUGUCAACAAAGUAAAGAGUUAAUCUCUGCUGGGUAACUUCUUAUACAGAUGUCCGCACACACAGAGUAUGCAGCAGAAGAAGAACAGGAAAGUUACACAGAUAGAAAGCCAUCAAACUCCUGAACACUGUCAUUAAUGCAGGAUUUUGUCACCCACAGAAAUUUUGGUUUCGAUCUGAGUUACAAUGGCCAUUUCAUGUCUCAGUCUUUUUGGUAUUAUCAGAUUGUGUGUGGCAGUUUAUUGGUUUCCAUGGACUUGGAAAGUUUCCAUUUGGGAGUUUUACACUGUACUUUUUUGUUUGUUUGUUUUGGUGGUUUUUAAUUUUUAAUUUUUUUAAAAAAAAUUUUAAUGUUCUGAUAAAAUUUCAGCAAGAAAUUUCAUACUUCAGUUUUCUCUUGUCUUCUGAGCACAGAACUCUUCAAAGUUAGCAACCAUCAGCAGAGCACAGUUACAUCAGAGCUCACCCGGAACAGUGAAUGAGUCAGAAGGUGUCAAGUUCUUGCUCUAAAAUGAACACUCAAAACUGAAUUAAAGGUUAAAACUAGACAAGAGCUUACCAGAAAAAAAUGGGAUAUAUAGAUUAACACAUAUGUAUUCCGCAAAUGGUCACAUCACUUUAGUUCAACCUGGAUCAAUGGAACUUAUUACAUCAAUCCAAACAAAUUUUUUGUGAAAAGAAUAUUUUCUCCAAAACCAGACAGGAUUUUAUUUUGAAUGAAAUGACAUUAAGUGAUCCCAGAGUCAUGUGAGUACUAAACAUUCAAGCAUUUCAGUACUUUCAGGGGAAGAGAAAAGGUAUUUACUGAGGCAAAACUCCACAAAAUAUAGUGACUAGGAGUUAACUUAAAGCAGAAAUACAGCAGUACUUUUUAAACAAUGAAGUAAUUUAUGAUACAGGUUACCAAGUGAAAAAUGAAAUUUUUUGAGGAAGAUUUUGUUUCUUUCCAGACAAAAUUUAGUAUCAACCUCUGGAAGAACCCUCACUCAAGCACAGGAAUGAAGAAAGCAUCCUGUGCUUGAUCCAGGAGUCAAACCAGCAGUAUCCAGUACCACCUGAGAUGCUCUAGGAGAUAUAAUCUGGUUUCCAGACACUGUGCCACUACAGGUCUGUCUUUAGAGCAGUGUCACAGCUGCUGGUCCUGGAUGUGUGUCUCGUACGCUGUGGCAUCUAAACUGGCUUUAGGUGUUUGUGCGUGAGCGGCUUGUACAAGAGGAAAUGGAGCUUAUUUGCUAAUAGUUAUCUUUCCUGCAUUAUUUCUUACCAUUUUAAUAUGAAAAUGGGAGCCAGAUUAAUUUUUUGUUUUGUAACAUCAAACUUGCGAAUCCAGGAAGAUAAUCUAGUAACCUUAAUUCUGGAAAUUUACAAGAAGGUAUAUGACUUACUUUCUCUGAAAUGUUCUUAAUGGGUUUAUUCUGUGCUACCUCAUAACAAAAGUAAAUUUCAAAAGAAUAUGCAUUGUGAAA